AUGAGGCACAGAUUGGGGGUGGGCCACUCGUUGUACAUGGAACACAACUAUUACAACAGUGUUCCCCUCACUGGCCGCAACUUUAUUGUGAGGGAUGUCCACUCCUACUGCACAGGCACCCUGAGAGCAGACCGCCAAUAUACUUGCCGGAGGAGGUCAAAACAGCUGGUCCUGAAAAAAGGAGAAACUGUUGCGAUUCUGUCAGGACUGUUGGAGGAAGAUGAGCAGCGUUACAUUAUGUGGGGUCUGAACAAGGAGCAGAUUCCAUUUACAAUAGUCAAGUCCGACGGUGGUUUCACAUAUGACACUUCGGACAUGGCCACCCUCAAGUACAGGAUAGAGGAGAGCGGGGCAGACUGGGUCAUCUAUGUUGUGGACAUGGGGCAGGCUACCCAUUUUGUUGUGCUGAACGGAUGUGCCCAGAGAGCAGGUUUCCUCGACCCAGCCAAAGUCAGGAUGGACUUUGUAGGGUUUGGCGUGGUACUAGGAGAGGACAAAAAGAGAUUCAAGACACGUUCGGGAGAGACCGUACGUCUAACUGAGCUGCUAGAUGAGGGACUCAAGAAGGCACUGGAGACUCUGAAGGCCAAAGGGCGAGAUGAGGUGCUCACACCUGAGGAGCUGAAGGAAGCCCAGGAGGCUGUGGCUUACGGCUGCAUUAAAUAUGCUGAUUUAAGCCACAACAGAGUGAAUGAUUACGUAUUCUCGUUUGAUAAGAUGUUGGAGGACAAGGGAAACACGGCUGUGUACCUGUUGUACGCCUACACCCGAAUCUGCUCGAUAGCCAGGACUGCCAACGUGUCCGUGGCCCAGCUGGAGCAGGCUGCCAACACGACUGCAGUGGCCGUUACUCAUGAAAAGGAAUGGAAAUUAGCAAAGGUGCUGCUGAGGUUUCCAGAAGUGUUAACUAAGAUCACCAGAGACUUGUACAUCCACAGCCUUUGUGAGUAUCUGUACGAGAUCGCCUCCACAUUCACAGAGUUCUACGACAACUGUUACUGCGUUGAAAAGGAUUCUACAUCAGGAGACAUCAAGAAGGUUCACAUGGACAGACUGUUGUUAACAGAAGCGACUGCUAGAGUGAUGAAACAAUGUUUCAAUAUUCUCGGCCUAAAGACAGUCGGUCGCAUGUAGUAUUGUUACGAAAUACAGAUCACUAUUUUUGAAACCUCAA